UUUAUUUUAAAUGAUGAUUUAGUAUUGCUUUUACUGUGGUUUCAGUUUAAAGUGUUCUUGAAGCUCACAACCUGUUAUUUUCAGCUUUGUGCUAGAAAAUGGCAUCUAGCAUUGAAUCAUAUGUCGGCCAUACAGUGUCAGUCAUCACAGCCGAUGGACGAAACAUUGUUGGCACACUGAAGGGCUACGACCAAACUAUAAACAUCAUCCUGGAUGAGAGUCAUGAGAGGGUCUACAGCCAGAAUGCUGGAGUUGAACAAGUGGUGCUUGGCUUGUACCUGAUCCGUGGCGACAAUGUGGUGGUCAUUGGAGAAAUCGAUGAGGACCUUGACUCACGGGUGGACUUCCAGAAUGUCCAUGCUGAGCCUCUUAUGUCCAUUGUGAGAGGGUAGCUUGGAUCAGUGAGACAUUGAGACAGUGAGGAUAAGUCAUAAGCCUGCCAUGAUGAGUGAUGCAGGGGACACAGCAGUGAGAGAGGACAAUCAUCACCAAUCAACCACCAGCAACACUAAACCCAAAGCUGGUGAGAAUGGUGGCAACACUUCAUGCACGUCAGCCCCGUCCGCUGUUGACGCGUUCAACUUCGACCCGGCGUCGCUGACCGCUCCCGGCAACUCGCGUCCUACAAAUGGCAACCAUUUCAUGGAUAUGGCGUUCGCCGCCGCGCGUGAUGCCCUGACCCACCAAGAAGUACCCGUCGGGUGCGUUUUCGUCCGCGGAGGACGCCUCCUCGCUACCGGUCGCAACACUGUGAACGAGACCAAGAACGCCACUCGUCACGCGGAGCUGAACUGCGCAGACCUCGUCUACGCCCGUUGCGAGGAAGCCGGUCUCUCCCCGGACUCCCUCUGGGCGCAGAUUGACGUGUUCGUAACAGUCGAACCAUGCGUGAUGUGCGCUGCUGCGCUAAUCGAGCUUGGCGUGCGCUCGGUGACUUACGGAGCGGCCAACCAGCGAUUUGGUGGAUGUGGUUCAGUGGUGAACGUGCCACAGAUGAUGCCGUCGUCUGUGACGUUCGUGCAGGAUCCUGGACGAGUGGAUGAGGCGGUUGGUCUGUUGAAGGAGUUCUACAAGGGCGAGAACCCGAACGCGCCGCGACCACAGGGCUGAACGGACUUGGGAGGAGGGGAUACGGGAAGGAAGAGUGGUUGGGAGGCGUGGGGAAGGGACGAGGAAAGUGAGAAGAUGAGGAUGAAAGAAAGGGAGGGGAUGGUGGGAAGAGUGAAGCGUGUUGUUUGAAAUGUGGAAGAGUUCUCACAGAAGUAUGUGUCUGAUCGGCACCGAUACGCGUCAUUCGUCGCUCGCGAGAUUGGAGUUUGGUUUUAGAUGGUGUCAAACGGCGUGGUUCAUGUCAUCAGCGAUUCGUCUCAAUACAUUCAUCCCAGUCUUGUUU